AAUAAAUGGAAGUUUAAUAUGCGUUUGCUUGAUUCCGUUUCCGUGUUACAUAAGCGUUGGAAGAAGGGUAUUAAUAUAGUGAAGGGGUUAUUAUUUCCGCUUCUCUGUUUCCAUUCUUCCGGCUGCCUCCGCAUUCCCGGAUCACCGGCACCUGUUGUUUUCGGGUUCAAUAAACCCAUUGAACCGGCACUUGGCGAGUUUCCCUUUCAAGCCAGCCUCAUGCAACUUUUAGAUGACAAGAAGUCUUAUCAUAGCUUCUGCGGCGGCAGCCUCAUCCAUCCGGAAUGGAUCCUAACGGCCGCCCAUUGCAUACGGCUCGACGAAACCGCCCCCGCCAUGAAAGCGAGCGAAGUUUACGUCGCUUUGGGCAGCAUCUACAGAAGUGCUCGAGGCGCGCAGAUCAUUCGGGCCGCAACCCUCAAGAUUCAUCCGCAGUAUUUGAGUUCUGGAGGAAGGAACGAUAUCGGUCUAAUUAAAUUACGAAGACCAGCCAAAUUGGGUAAAAAUGUGAAAUUAAUAAAAUUGCACCACAAUAAUGGCGAGGAUCUGCAGGGGAGGAGCGCAUAUUUGACCGGAUUCGGUAUAAUUAAUGAUUUCUAUCAGAUGCCGGAAAGACUUCGGAAGGCCACGCUGAAAGUUAGCAGCUACAAAAAGUGCUACAACGACGUCGAGUAUGAGGACAAAGAAAUUUGCGGAGCAUCCACCGUUGAACAGGGGAAAGCUUGCAAGGGAGACAGCGGCGGACCGUUAACCGUCCUGCAGAAUAACAAGCUCAUCCAGAUCGGAAUCACCAGUCGGCUGGCGCUUCUACCCUUCUGCAGGAUCGGCUUCAACCACUCCAUCUACACGAGAGUAUCGGCGUACAUAAAGUGGAUCUCGAAAGUGACCGGCAUCAAUUUCAGCAAAUUCACGUCCUGAAUUCGCGAAACUCGUUCCAUUAUUCACUAAAUAACUAAUGAAUCCAAAACAUAAAACAAAACUAAAUAAACUAAAAGCAGAACAUCCGUUUGUUUCCAUGCAUAUUUCAGUUGGAUUUUUCAAUAAUUUAAGCCGAUUGCAAUUAUGACAUUUCAAUCACUACUAUCUACGGACGCGCAUUUAACAAAUGGAAAAUUUAAUUCGAUUACCGGCGAAAUUAUUGUUUAAUUGGUUUAAUUUUUAAUUGCGCAUUGCAUAAAUAACGAUGCAAUGUGUAAUACGGACAUUUCGCCAGUUAUAAAUAAUCGCAUCCGAUGGUUAAAAGUUAGCCCCCUUUUCACGUGUUGCAACGCGCAACGAAAUAAUAAUAAUAGACAAAAAAUAUAUAUACAUGUAUGUGCAGUAGCAAUCCGCCUGUGACGCAAACAAUUAACAUUUAAAUUUGAUACGUGAAACAUUGAAACGACGGCUCGUGUUCAAAUUAUAUUGCUGGGAGCGCGAAUUCAUGUUUUAUCUUAACUUAUC